AUGCGCAUUUCCUCUUUGUCACUCCCUUUGGCAGCACUGGGCCUUGUGGGCUCUGCCGCUGCAUAUCCAUACUCCGAGGCGGAUACUAUCACGCGACGCGCCGCAGAAGACCAGGCCAAAGCCGAUGCAGUCAAGGAGGCUUUCCAGCAUGCAUGGAACGGAUAUACAAAAUACGCUUUCCCCAAUGAUGAGCUGCUUCCAGUGAGCAAUGGCUUCGGAAACUCCAGAAAUGGAUGGGGAGCCUCGGCUGUGGAUGCACUCUCAACUGCUAUUGUUAUGGGAAACCAGGACGCAGUUCAGAAGAUCCUGGAUCACAUCGAGACCAUUGAUUUCUCCAAGACCGAUGACAUGGUCAGCCUUUUCGAGACCACGAUCCGUUACUUGGCUGGCAUGCUGUCCGGAUAUGACUUGCUCAAAGGCCCUGCAGCGGACCUUGCUCCGAAGUCUUCCCAGGUAGAUGCUCUGCUUUCCCAGUCGAAGAAACUUGCAGACGUUCUGAAAUUCGCCUUUGACACACCAUCCGGCGUGCCUUACAACAAUAUCAACAUCACCUCCAAGGGGAAUGAUGGCUCGAAGACCAAUGGACUUGCGGUCACCGGAACUCUGGUGAUGGAGUGGACCCGCUUGUCAGAUUUGACUGGCGAUGACCAGUAUGCAAAGAUGAGCCAGAAGGCCCAGUCUUACCUGUUGAAGCCCCAGCCAUCGAGCGGAGAGCCAUUCCCUGGUCUCGUGGGGAGCAACGUCAACAUCUCCAACGGCCAUUUCACCGAUGGUGCGGUUUCGUGGAAUGGUGGAGACGACUCUUUCUACGAGUACCUGAUUAAGAUGUAUGUGUACGACCCCAAGCGAUUUGCGUCCUACAAGGACCGCUGGGUCCUGGCCGCCGAGUCGACAAUCAAACAUCUUCAAUCGCAUCCCGAUCCUCGCCCGGAGUUGACCUUCUUGGCCUCAUACAACAAUGGCAAAUUGGAUCUCAACUCGCAGCACCUGACCUGCUUUGAUGGAGGCAACUUCAUUCUGGGUGGAACUGUUCUGGAUCGACGUGACUUUAUCGACUUUGGCUUGACGCUUGUGGACGGCUGCGAGGCUACGUAUAACCAGACACUGACCGGCAUUGGACCUGAUUCCUGGGGCUGGGAUCCCAAAAAGGUGCCUGCCGACCAGAAGGAUUUCUAUGAAAAGGCCGGAUUCUAUAUCAGCAGUGGGGCAUAUGUUCUGCGUCCCGAAGUGAUUGAGAGUUUCUACUACGCCUACCGCAUCACAGGCAAGGAGAUCUACCGUGACUGGGUUUGGAAUGGCUUCAAGGCAAUCAAUGAGACCUGCCGCACUGAUUCGGGCUUUGCUGCUGUAAGCAAUGUGAACGCAGUCGGCGGUGGCUCGAAAUAUGACAAUGAGGAGAGCUUCCUCUUUGCCGAGGUCAUGAAGUAUGCGUACCUUGUACAUGCUGAGGAUGCCCCAUGGCAAGUUCAAAAGGGCCAGAAGAACCAGUUCGUGUUCAACACCGAGGCUCAUCCUUUCCGUGUGGCGCACACUUAG